CCACUGUCAUUGCUCUUGUUCUUGAUCGGCAUUAUUAGCAAAAGUUUUCCAAAAGUCAUCUAGUUGGUUUUAAUUUUACCAUCGACCUUACAAAUAUUAAGAUAAAUAAUAAGAAAUAAAUAAAAUGCCAUCACUGGAGGUAAAUGUAAACAAGGUGAUUGUGCACCCACUGGUGUUGCUCUCUGUGGUGGACCACUUCAAUCGUAUGGGCAAAAUCGGAAACCAGAGACGUGUUGUCGGUGUGUUACUGGGUUGUUGGCGUUCAAAAGGAAUUCUUGAUGUUUCCAACAGUUUUGCUGUUCCAUUCGAUGAGGAUGACAAAGACAAGUCGGUGUGGUUUUUAGAUCAUGAUUAUUUGGAAAAUAUGUAUGGCAUGUUUAAGAAAGUAAAUGCACGCGAGCGUGUUGUCGGCUGGUAUCAUACCGGUCCUAAACUACAUCAAAAUGAUAUUGCCAUAAACGAGUUAAUACGUCGCUAUUGCCCCAACUCAGUGCUGGUGAUAAUUGAUGCGAAACCCAAAGAUUUAGGUUUACCAACUGAAGCAUACAUUGCAAUAGAAGAGGUGCAUGACGAUGGUUCACCGACGAGCAAAACCUUCGAACAUGUGCCCAGCGAAAUUGGCGCUGAAGAAGCUGAGGAAGUGGGCGUCGAACAUUUGCUGCGCGAUAUCAAGGACACCACAGUCGGCAGCCUC